GAAGAAGAGAAGAGGUUUUGGAGAAGCUUGGGACGCAGAUCAAGGAGAUGAAAGAUGGUGAAAAGACUGCGAUAGGUGAUGAUGAUGUUCAGUCAUGAUGAGAAGGUUACUUUAUAAUCCAAAUAUAUGUAUGUAUGUACGUAUGUAUGUAUAUAUAUAUAUAUCUUUUUUUUCAUGAUGGUAUUAUAUAUCACCACCUUCACAAACGUAUAAGACACACGAAAUGCUUAGCUUGUCUACCCACAAUUGCCGUCGGUCAUUUCCUCUACAUUACAUGCUUUAUUUAUUUAUUUUAAUUAAUAAGUGUUAUAACAUAAAUACUAAUUAUAAGAAAUAACUUCUAAAUAAAAAUACAUAAAAUUAUAAAUAGACUCUAAUUUACAAUAUUUUAUAAAAUAAUAAUGUACUAUUCAUUUAAUUAAGCAAUCUUAGUAGCCCAUCUAAUUAGACUUUAAUUCCCAACUGCCUCCACUAGCUUUUUUUUUUCCCCUAAAAAAAUGCUCUCUUAAAGUCAAAACCUAAUUAAUGGCCAGAUUAUGCAUGCUGAUUGCCACCCAGAAAAAAUGUACGUUCAGAUGCCAAACGAUUAACCUAAAAUCACAGAGAUCAUGCCUUCUUUUCUCCAAAAUACUGAAUCAAUUAAAAAAGUCAACAAGCAAAUUAAUAUGAUAGGCACUUGAAAUAUACAUAUCAUUGUCAAACCCAAAAAAAAAAAUGUAUAUAUAUAUAUAUAAUAAACUAAAUAGUUAAAUUCUAUAGCAAGACUAGUGCAUCCUCUGUAUGCUAAUACCGUAUGUAGUUACUAAAUUUCCAUCCUUCCCCACAAGGAGAAGCCAUUGAAGUGGCUUGGGUAUAAUUUACAAAUACCAAAAAUGGCUCCUAAUUUUGACAAUAACCAGUCAUUGUUUAACUUCGUGGUUCGAGAUGGGAAUGGCGUAAAGGGCAUGGUGGACUUGGGUCUAUCAUAUGUGCCCCAAGCUUACAUACAACCAGCAGAGGAGCGAAUAGACAAGCCAAGAGCAAGGACUCACGCUGAGCCACCAAUUGACUUGUCCAAGUUGGAUGGCUCGGACCAUGACCAAGUGGUUAACCAAAUCAUACGAGCCGCUGAGACUCUUGGGUUCUUCCAAGUGGUCAACCAUGGGGUACCUGUUGAGCUGCUGGAGUCACUUAAAACUGCAGCUCAUAAUUUUUUUGCGCUGCCGCCGGAGAAGAAGGCUGUUUAUCGGAAAGGGGUGAGUCCUAGCCCGUUAGUCAAGUACGGUACGAGCUUUGUGCCGGAGAAAGAGAAUGCAUUGGAGUGGAAGGAUUAUGUUUGUAUGGGUUAUACUAAUGAUGAUGAUGCUCUUCAGUUUUGGCCCAAGGAAUGCAGUGAAGUGGCACUAGAGUAUCUUAAAAGAUCAAGUAAAAUGGUGAAGAAACUAAUAGAAAUUCUGAUCGGGGAAGUGACAAAUGAAUCCAAAAUAGAAGAGCUGAUGACUGUGAAAAUGGUUAACAUGAACUUCUAUCCAACAUGCCCCAAUCCUGAUGCUACUGUGGGUGUGGGACGUCAUUCGGACAUAGGCAUCUUAACUGUGUUAUUUCAAGAUGGUAUUGGAGGUUUGUAUGUGAAAGUUGAAGAAGGAAACAAUAAGGAAGAAUGGGUUGAAAUCCCACCUAUUGCAGGAUCUUUGGUCAUCAAUGUAGGAGACACUUUACAGAUACUAAGCAAUGGAAGGUAUAGAAGUGCUGAACAUAGAGUACGUACCACAAGUAGCCAAGCAAGAGUUUCUGUACCAAUAUUUAUAAUUCCAAAAUCAACAGAGAAGAUUGCGCCGCUUCCUGAAGCAGUGGAGAGAGAUGGCGUCGCUUACUAUCGAGAGUUUUUAUAUCAAGAUUAUAGGAACAAUUUUUUCGGAAACAAACACGAGGGAAAGAAGUCUCUUGAUUUUGCAAAGAUUUGAAGCCAAUCUAUGCUCAUGCAAGAAUCUCUAACGUUUUAUCUUUAUCUAUAUAUGUACAAUAUUUACAACUC